GGUGUGUGUUAGGGUUAGGUGUGUGUUAGGGUUAGGUGUGUGUGUUAGGUGUGUGUGAGUGUUAGGUGUGCGUGUUAGGUGUGUGUGUGUGUUAGUGUGAGUGGUCAGUAAUGGCGUCCAACUCCACCACCCAGUUCUUUGCUCUGUCCCAGUCCUUCAGUAUCUCUGACAUCAUCAUCAUCGCUGCUUACUUCCUGCUCAACGUAGCCGUCGGCAUCUGGUCGUCGUGCAGGGUCAGCAGGAACACUCUGAGUGGAUACUUCCUGGCUGGGAGAGACAUGGCCUGGUGGCCGAUCGGAGCCUCUCUGUUUGCCAGUAGCGAGGGCUCUGGUCUGUUCAUCGGUCUGGCUGGAACAGGAGCUGCCGGAGGCAUCGCUGUAGCUGGCUUCGAAUGGAACAGGCUGAAUGUAUCCCACCGGAUGAAGCAUCUGAGCGAGUGA